AUUCAGGCUCUGCCAGAGAAUGGGUGUCUCCUGAGAUGAUCUAGGACAAUUAAAACCCCUAUAAAAAGGAUGGGUUUUCAGGCAUCCAGUAUCCUCUCCAGCUUCUGAAUCUUCUGUUCAUACCUCCUUAAGCAGAUUCAUUCAUCUUUGCUAAAAUGGCUCAACUCCUGAACAGCAUACUCACCGUGAUCAAGGUAUUCCAGAAAUACGCCAAAGAGAAUGGGGACGGUACCUCAUUGUGCAAGAAGGAGUUGAAGCAGCUGCUCUUGACUGAGUUUGGAGACAUCCUACGGAGACCGGAUGACCCAGAGGCUGUGGAAACCAUCCUGUGCCUCUUGGAUAGAGACAGAAAUGGACAUGUUGAUUUUCAUGAAUAUCUCCUGUUGGUGUUCAAACUGGCCCAAGCCUGCUACCAUAAGCUGGAUAAUGAAUCCAGUGUAGAUAGAACCUCCCAGCUAGAAGAGGAGCAGGAGGGAACACGAGACCAUAAGUUUCCAAGAAAUAUAGGCAGACAACACAAGCAGAGGCAUGAGAGAGAAAGGCAGGGUUCCCACCACAGUCAGUCUGAGAGACAAAGCCAGGACAUCCACCAGGAUCAGGCUGAGAGACAAGACAGAGACUCCCAUUAUGGUCAGACUGACAAACAAGGCCAGAGCUCUCACUAUGGCCAGACAGACAGACAAGACCAGAGCUCCCACUAUGGUCAGACAGACAGACGAGGCCAGAGUUCCCACUAUGGCCAGACAGACAAACAAGGCGUGAGCUCUCAAUACGGUCACUCAGAGACUGGGGAAACUAGGCAAAAUAGGUGCUUCCAAGGGAGCGAGGGAACAAGCAGAGACUCACAUGUUGAGCAAUCAGGAAGGUCAGGGAGACCAAGUCAACAGACUCAAGGACAGGAAGUGAACCGAAAUCAGGGACAGAGAUUCCAGUCUAGGGAAGGGCAGCAGAACAGCCACCAGGCAUGGGAGUCUGAGAAGGAUAGCCGACACCACCAGCACAAACUAGCAGCACAAAUCCAGCAAGAAAGGCCACUCUGUCACCAAGGGAAAGACUGGCAGUCACACAGCAUUGAGCAGGGCCACAGACAGGCCCAAACCAGGCAGAGUCGUGUUGACGGGCAGAGCCACCAGGCAGAGAAAGAACAGGGCCACCAAAGCUGGGGUAGACAUGGUCAUGAAGGUCAGGAAACUCCACGUGAGACACAGGACAGGCAAACCCAUGAAAAUGAGCAGACCUGUCAGGGACGAGACAGGCAAACCCAUAAGGACAAAGAGAGGUAUCAAGGGUCCCAGGAUCAACAAUCCCAUGGGACCCAGCAAGGCUGUGCUAACAGAGAAAAAUGCCAUAAGAAUGAGGAUGGCCAGAGUCAAAGUUCCCAGGGAAGACACAGUGACCUGGCCUUCCGUCCAACCCAGAGCAUUGGGAGGCCCCAAAGAAGACAACAGAGUGGAAGUCACCCUGCCAAGGCAACUAUUGCUCCCAAUCCCCUCUAUGACUAUGUACAAGAGCAGAAAGUGAUUCGGCACUAAGCUGUGCACGCACCAGAGCUAAAGCAACACGAAGCCAAGGAAGAAAUCUACGUGUCAAGUUCACCCAUACUUCUGUUUAAGAGAUCAAAAAUGUGUGUCUUCAUUCUCUCCUCUACUCUAUCUAACUGCAAGGAUGUUUUGGGGGACUAAUAUUCACUUUUAGGGCAUUCCAGUUCUUUGAGCAGCAAUUCCAGGGUGUUCUGGUUGGGUAAAAUCUAGUGGUAAAUUGGGUGAAAUAAUCAGACCCCAAUUUUGAUUAAUUUGGGGAUUUAAAUCAUUUCCUGGUUUGUCCUCCGUGUAGGUGGGACAUGGUUGGGUCAUUGAAAGGUAGAAAUUUCACCCAAAAGUUCAGAAACAGGAAAGGUAUUCUGAAGAUAUACAUUACAGUCUGAGGAGGGGACAUUUGGACUUUACAGAGCUCCAGUGGAUGAACCAUCAGGAAUUGCAAGCGUCGUAGUCUACGCUAAAAUGAAACACAGUGAGAGACUGCUAGGAGAGGUCCACAACACCCCCAUGCCCACGUUUCUACCCCUCACCAGAGAGACUGGCCACUGAGCUCCCAUCACUAGAGCUGAUUGGGCUCGAUGCCUUUCUAGUUUCUGAUCACACAAAAUAGAGAGAAAACAUGUCAUCUCUUUGCAGAUUUCAAUGAGCCAACAUUCUCUAUCCAUAGCUCCUUGGAGCCUAAAAACUUUUCACAAGAAAAUCUAUGGAAUUGUAUUAAAAUACUCAAUAAAUGAUUGGUGACCAUUAA